AUGGCGAGUCGCUACGCGCGCAAGAGCUCGAGCCUCCGCGCCGCCACGCGCUGGCUCGUGGACGAGAUGGAGUCCAUCGAAGCGCUCGCUGCGCCCCGACGCGUACCUGCGAUCGACACCGUCGCCAGCAAACAAAAGCUCCGCGCGCUGGGCGAGUUCUUCCCGUUGGUGGCCGUCGACGUGCGGCGUGACGUGCUCGUGGCCGCCAACUACCGCGAAGACGUGGCCGCCGCCAUGUUGGGCGACUUGACGCUCGGGUCCGUUGCGGCGCACUCGACGCCCGCGGAGCUGCUGUUUGUGGACCUGCACGCAGACGAAGACGCGGUCUCGGAGCUCGCCGACGAAGAGGACUGGAGCGAAGUGGCGGCUGCGAGCAACGGCAGCGAGGCGUGGGUCGUGGUCCGGGACGACUGGGAGGUCGUGGACAAGGACGGGGAAGCGGUGCGCACGUUUGCCGACGUGCUGCGGAAUGAGUCGCCGGUAAUGGCAGCGACGCGCGCAGCGCAGGCAAAGCCGCGACCGGCGCUACUGUCGGGGGCCACGCACGCGCGUGUGCCCAAGAGCGACUCGAGGGACGUGGCACUGCCCGCGUAUGAACUGGAGCGCGGCGUCAAGUCGUUUGGCGCACGGAAGCGCCACUUGAUCCAGCACCACCGGUAG